AUGGCACCUGGGCAGAGCACGGAGGACCUCGGCCAGCAGAGCCAGGCGAUGAGAGCAGGGGAGGAUGAGGAGAGCAGCCGGGGCAGCCGCCGCCAGCCCCGCCCGCUCCCGGCUGGAGCCGGCUGUGGAAUGUUUACUUUUCUAUCUGCUGCCAUUGCUGCUGUAAGUGGACUUCUGAUGGGUUAUGAGCUGGGCCUUAUCUCCGGAGCUCUUCUUCAGAUGAGCAGCAUAUUAACACUCUCUUGCAAAGAGCAGGAAAUCGUUGUAAGUUCCCUGCUUUUUGGGGCCUUAUUUGCAUCCCUUACUGGUGGAUUCCUGAUAGACCGAUUUGGAAGGAGACUUGCCAUUAUUGUUGCAUCUUCUUUACUUGUGUUGGGGAGCCUGAUUUUACUGCCCUAUGAAUCAUAUGGGAUACUUAUUGUGGGACGGAUUGCCAUAGGUAUUUCCAUAUCAUUAUCAUCAAUUGCAACGUGUGUGUAUAUUGCUGAGAUCGCCCCACAGCACAGAAGAGGCCUCCUCGUGUCAUUAAAUGAACUUAUGAUUGUGAUAGGCAUUCUCUUUGCCUAUAUUUCAAAUUAUGCAUUUGCCAGCGUAUCUCAUGGCUGGAAGUACAUGUUUGGCCUGGUGAUUCCAUUAGGUGCUUUGCAGGCUAUCGCCAUGUAUUUCCUUCCUCCAAGUCCUCGGUUUCUUGUCAUGAAAAAUAACGAAGAAGCUGCAAAAAAAGUACUGGAGAGGCUACGGGAAACAUCAGAUGCUACUAAAGAACUUACUUUAAUCAAGUCUUCUCUGAAAGAUGAACAUCAGUAUAGUUUCUUGGACUUGUUUCGUUCAAAAAACAACAUGAGGGCCCGAAUCUUGGUAGGACUCGCUCUAGUCUUUUUUGUGCAAACAACUGGGCAACCCAACAUUUUGUUUUACGCAUCGACUGUUUUGAAGUCAGUUGGGUUCCAGAGUAAUGAAGCGGCCAGCUUGGCUUCUACUGGAGUUGGAGUGGUUAAAGUGGUCAGCACAGUCCCAGCUACAGUUUUUGUGGAUCAAGUUGGAAGUAAAACUUUUCUUUGUAUUGGCUCUUCUGUUAUGGCAGUAUCGUUGGUCACUAUGGGCUUAGUGAACCGUAACAUACAUGUGAAUUUCACCAACGUCUGUAGAAGCCAAUCUCCAGAGGAUUUCUUUCUCCAGAGACCGGGAAACCUCACUGGUGGCACCAAUGGGACUCUCAAGGACCUCUUUGCUAGCAUGGCUUCACUAGAAAGAUUGUCAUUUGAUGUCCAGAGAAGCCCAGACAUUGCCAGCACAGGAGGACUGAACAGGACUGCCCUGGCAGGAGGCAAAAGCAUAACAGGGUCUCACAUGGAAAGCGGGGAGGUUCCCGUUGUCCUGAAAUGGCUCUCUCUGGCCAGCCUGCUUGUUUACGUUGCUGCAUUUUCCAUAGGUCUUGGACCAAUGUCCUGGCUGGUUCUGAGUGAAAUUUUCCCUGGUGGAAUCAGAGGACGGGCCAUGGCUUUGACAUCUAGCAUGAACUGGGGUAUAAAUCUCCUCAUCUCCUUGACAUUUUUGACUGUAACUGAGCUCAUUGGCUUGUCCUGGGUGUGCUUCAUUUACACAAUAAUGAGCCUAGCAUCCCUGGCUUUUGUUAUUGUGUUUAUACCAGAGACAAAAGGAUGCUCUUUGGAGCAAAUAUCCAUGGAACUAGCUAAACAGAAAUAUGUGAAGACCCCCUUGUGCUGGAUGACCCAGCGCAGAGAGAAACUGGUGCCAGUGGAACUUGCCAAGAAAGAGAAAGAGCAGCUCUACUAG